GUGGCGCAGUGCUGUCAGUUCUCUGCAAGCUUUGUAGACAUCAGCUGUUUGCAUCCAGAUAAGGCAGCAGCCGUGGAUAUGGCGUCUAGUGAUUAUUCCCAGAGUUCAUCCCAUGGAUAUGGGGCUUAUGGUGGACAGUCGGGUGGUGGUGGUGGCAGCUUUAACCAACCCCAGGGCCAGAGCUACGGCCAGCAGCCCUACAGUGGCUACAGCCAGAGCCCUGAACAGUCCUCAGCCUCUUACAACCAGGGCAGCUACAACUCCAGCUACGGGCAGUCUCAGUCAGGUGGAUAUGGCUCUCCGCCUCCGUCCCAGGGCUAUAAUCAGUCCAGUCAAGCCUACAACCAGCCUCCCCAGAGUGGCUACUCCCAGCAAUCCUCCUACCCCAGCUAUGGCCAGCAGCAGUCUGCUUCUCCUCCCUCUGCCCCCAGCUAUGGCAGCAGCUCCCAGUCAUCCAGUUAUGGAUCCCAGAGUGGCGGUUACGGGAGUAGCGGUGGACAGGGUGGAGGUUACAGCGGUGGCAGUGGUGGACAGGGUGGAGGUUACAGCAGCGGAGGCAGCUACGGCAGCAGCGGGCCUCAGAGCGGAGGCUAUGGUGGGAGCAGCGGCGGCCAGGGUGGAAGUUACGGGGGCAGCGGGGGACCGCCGCCAUCACAGCACGGGGGUUCGGCCUACAGCCAGACGCCAAACUACAGCUCGCCCCCACCACAGAGCUACGGACAGCAGAGCCAGUACGGUCAGGGAGGAGGCUAUGAUGCCCCGGACUCCCCCACAGGAGACAGUGGGGCAGGAGGCUUCAGGGGUUUGGACGGCGGGUUCGGUGGCCGAGGCCGCGGAGGCGGCCGGGGCUUUGGAGGCCGUGGAGGAGAUGGGGGGUUUGAGAGGGGAGGCCGUGGAGGACCCAGAGGACCAGGAGUCAUAGGCACGGCCGAUCGAGGAGGAUUCAAUAAGUUUGGUGGCCCCAGACCUGGAGGAGCUGGAGGGCCAAACUCAAUGCAAGAUCAGGAUAACUCUGACAACAACACCAUCUUCGUCCAGGGUCUGGGUGAUACCUACACCGUGGACGCAGUGGCUGACUACUUCAAGCAGAUUGGCAUCAUCAAGAUCAAUAAGAAGACAGGCUUGCCCAUGAUAAACCUCUACACAGACCGCGACAGCGGCAAGCUGAAAGGAGAAGCCACCGUCUCCUUCGAUGACCCGCCCUCAGCCAAGGCAGCCAUUGACUGGUUUGAUGGGAAAGACUUUAACGGGAACCGCAUAAAGGUGUCCUUUGCCACCCGGCGGUCAGAGUUUGGACGCGGUGGAGGAGGAAGCCUGAGAGGUGGUCGAGGCAGAGGGGUCCUUGUGCAGCACGAUAUUGGGGGUCAGUCCCCGCAGAGUGCGGAGUCUCGUGCAGAGCGUGUGCUGUCCCCUCCUGCAGGGCCCAUGGGCCGGGGAGGAUUUGGAGGUGGUCGAGGAGGAGGAUUCCCAGGCAACAAUGGAGGAGGAGGAGGAGGAGGAGGAGGAGGAGGCGGCGGCGGUGGUGGUGGUGGGCAGCAGAGAGCUGGAGACUGGAAGUGCUCCAAUCCGACUUGUGGGAACCUGAACUUCUCCUGGAGGAAUGAGUGCAACCAGUGCAAAGGCCCUAAACCAGAGGGAGCUGGAGGGAUGUCACCCUUGGGAGGAGGAGGAGGAGGAGGGGGCUUCGGGGGAGACAGAGGGGGCAGGGGUGGCUUUGAUCGCGGAGGAUUCCGAGGUCGUGGGGGAGACCGCGGGGGAUUCAGAGGGCGCGGUGGGGACCGUGGAGGCUUCGGCCCAGGAAAAAUGGAUGGAAGGUCAGACCACCGGCACGACCGCAGGGACCGUCCCUACUAAACUGGAACCUGGAUCCGAACCUUCACUCCUGCACCAGUUGCCACUCCUCAACCUCAUCUUGGGACCAGCAAUGACUCUUCCUCCCCUUUUAUAUACAGUGUUUUCAAGUUCUUGCUUUGAAUGUGUUCAUGUCCUGUGUGGGGAAUCAGGACCUACUUUUUGGAUCAUGUGACACAUACAGACACACACACACACACACACACACACACACACACACACACACACACACACACCAAUUUACUCACAUAUUCUUCUAUUUAUCUCCGAGGAUAGUGUUACUUUGACCUGCAUCCAUGUGUUCAAGUGUUUGUGUUACUUUAAUCUCUCUUGUUAGUGUUUGUUGGGUUUAAUAUUUUGGUAUACAGAAUGUGUUACAGAACUAAAAGAAACUACACUAA